AAAGAAAAAAUGCGGCUGUGAACUCUGCAAGAGUCCGAAAUGUACAAGAUGUACUGAUCUCGUUACACUCACACACGCACGCAAAACACAUGGCGGUCGCUCUUGGUUGCUCCCGCUCCCUCUUCCGCUUCCUCCAACCCCACCCCCAAUCCAUCUCCCCCACGCAUACACAGACGCGAGACACGAGACUCAGAAUGCAACUCACAGAAAAAUCGAUGAGCGAGACAGUGAAGGGAGUGUGAGCUACAGAGUUCAAAGAGCGCAGUGAGAGGAGUAGGAAAAUGGGGAGGAGUGGUAAAUGACAUUUGAAGAGAUUGGCAUUGGUCUUUAUUAAGAGGAAGAAGAAGAAGGUGGUUGGAUGGUUUGUUGUUCUACAACUCUGAGCAGCGCUUACUAAUUAAAUGUCCAAGAGAGGGAGUGAGAGUGGAAGCGGGAGCGGGAGCGUGAGAACUGGCUGAGCGGUACUAGUGAGUAAGUAACACACCAUGCAAGCACCCAGUUGUGAUGUUGGCUGGCGUAAAUGCCAACGAUUUGGAGGCAUUGCUGGAGUUUGUCUACCGCGGCGAGGUGAGCGUUGACCAUGCCCAGCUCCCGUCGCUACUGCAGGCUGCCCAGUGCCUCAAUAUCCAGGGACUGGCACCGCAGACAGUGACCAAGGAUGACUACACCACGCACUCGAUACAACUUCAGCAUAUGAUUCCGCAACACCAUGACCAGGACCAACUGAUUGCCACAAUUGCCACGGCUCCCCAACAAACGGUACAUGCCCAAGUGGUGGAGGAUAUCCAUCACCAGGGACAGAUUCUACAGGCAACGACCCAGACCAAUGCAGCAGGACAACAGCAAACGAUUGUGACAACGGACGCGGCUAAGCAUGACCAGGCAGUGAUUCAGGCAUUCCUCCCAGCACGAAAACGGAAGCCACGUGUUAAGAAAAUGUCACCAACGGCACCGAAAAUCAGCAAAGUUGACGGAAUGGAUACGAUUAUGGGCACACCGACCUCUUCGCACGGCUCGGCACAGGGAUCAGUACAACAGGUUCUAGGUGAAAACGGAGCCGAAGGCCAACUAAUGUCGUCAACACCGAUCAUCAAGAGCGAAGGACAAAAGGUGGAGACAAUUGUGACCAUGGACCCCAAUAAUAUGAUACCGGUAACGUCAGCCAAUGCUGCCACGGGCGAGAUAACAACGGCACAAGGAACUACAGGCCCAUCCGGCGGUGGCACAACCAGCGGCACCACAUCUACACCCAAGGCAAAACGAACUAAGCAUCCGCCUGGAACGGAAAAACCACGGUCGCGAUCACAAUCGGAACAACCAGCUACUUGCCCCAUUUGCUAUGCUGUCAUUCGGCAAUCUAGGAACUUGCGAAGACAUCUUGAGCUGCGGCACUUUGCCAAGCCGGGAGUCAAAAAGGAAAAGAAAACACCCAGCGGCAAGAAGUCGGGCAAUGGAUCUAGCGCUUCGGGAUCUGGUGGUGGCGGUACCCUAAGCUCCAGUGGUGGGGUACCCCAGGUGCAAGCUGUGCAGUCCUUGCAUACGUUGCAGGGUGUGCAAGUUAAAAAGGAUCCCGAUGCCCAACAACAGCAGCAGCAACAGCAACAGCAGCAGCAACAGCAGCAGCAACAACAGCAGCAACAACAGGCAAUGGCAGUGAGUGGCUCGGCGGGCGGACAAGUGCAACAACAGCAACAGGUGCAGCAGGUUCAAGUGCAGCAACAGCAACUACAACAUCACCAAAUCAUUGACUCCUCCGGCAACAUAACCACGGCAACGACGAGCGCCCAAGCGGCGGCAGCAGCUCAACAGCAGGCAGCCGCCGGUCAGCAGCAGCAGCAGCAACAACAGCUUGUGGCGCAGUCUGGCGAUGGCAGCGAGAGUGGUGGAACACCGUUGUCCAUUGCCCAGGUGCAGACGCUGCAGGGUCAUCAGAUCAUAGGCAAUAUUAAUCAGGUGAAUAUGACUGAUUUCCAACAGCAACAACAACAGCAGCAGCAGCAGCAGCAACAACAGCAGCAGCAGCAAACACAACAACCACAACAGACGCUUUGAUUGGACGGAAAAACGUAGUUAGAUCCAUUAUGUACUAUUAUUAUUUUUGGAUUUGCCAAAACAAAACGCUUUAAGUAAUGCGUAGACCAAUUCUAAAUUAAUUCUUCAAAUUUAUUGAAGAUACUAAAAUCCCUUUAAGAUAUCAGAAGAGCCUUAUAUCUUCUGAUUUCUGCAUGGGACCACCUUUUAGUUGUACAAUUUUAUUGACUUUACAUGUUGUUUUUCCUCCUACAAUUUAUUUUCUCUAUACAUUUAUAUUUAGUUUUGUUGCUAGAGUUUAAUGUUGUAGGUGCGCCACGGUUAUUGGAAUUCACAUGCAUAUUUUAAAACAUAUAUACAUAUAUAUAUCUCUUUUUAUACAACUUUAUAUAUUUGUUUUGUAACAGAGCUUGUAAAUAAGAGUUGAUCGUUUAAUCGAUCGUCAGAUUCUUAAUUCAACAGAAGAGUAAUUAAGUUGAGAGAAAAACCCCGUAAACUUUUAUUUACUAGCUCUGUUUUGUAUAGUUUUAACCCCAAGUCCUAUGCCCCCAGAGGUUCUCUAGUGUCGUGAUUAGAGAAAGAUGCUCUUGCUCUCGGUUUGCCAGCUGGGUUGGCCCCGAGCGAUGGCACCUUGAUGUGUUGAGUUUUAUAUAAAUACGUUAAACAUGCCUUAAAUUAGUCCGAUAAUCCCAAAUAAUAAUGUUGAAUUACUUAAAAAUGAAAACAGCUCAAAAAGAAGAGUUGAACUGAUCAAAUAAGAAAGCUCGCUCACAUGGGUUUUAUCCCCCAAAAACCCUUUCUUUUUAUGGGAUUUUAUUUCCCCGCUUUGGGUUUUAGUUUGUUUUAU